GUCUCCUUUAACUUCACGGUCCCCCCAUGAGGAGUUAACCUGUAGCCAAAGUGUUGUAGUUAAUCUUCCCCGAGCUCAGCUCAGAGGCUUCAAAGCGCAGCCACAGGCUCCUGUGUGCGCAACUCUGCUGCGCCCUUUUCCCCCGCAAAGAGACCCUGGAGAUGAAGCUUUCAGUGCUGUCCAAGAAGCUGUGGUGCGUCCGCAAGCAGCUGAUCCUCCUGCUCACUCCUCUGCUCUUCCUGCCUUUGCUUUUCACUCUGCCGGAAAAGGAGGGAAAAUGUCUUUAUGUGGUGGUGCUGAUGGCGAUGUUUUGGUGCACAGAGGCUCUUCCUCUGGCUGUCACUGCGAUGCUCCCCAUCUGCCUCUUCCCAACACUGGGGAUUCUCUCGUCCAAAACUCUGUGUCCUCAGUAUUUCCUCGAGACCAACUUCCUCUUCCUCAGCGGCCUGGUAUUGGCUUCAUCGAUCGAGGAGUGGGGUCUGCAUCGCAGAAUUGCUCUGAAGGUCCUGAGUAUUGUUGGAGUAAAACCUGCCUGGCUCAUUCUGGGAAUGAUGGCGACUUCCUCCUUCCUGUCCAUGUGGCUCAGCAACACGGCCACGACAGCCAUGAUGCUACCCAUCGCUAAUGCUAUCCUGGAGAGUCUGUUUGGAGACCUGGAAACCCUGAAACAGAAGUGCAAGUCCAGAGAGGAUCCAGACAGCGAUGGAAUAAAUGGUCAGUGUACUGUGAAGUUGCAUCCAUUGCCCUCUGAGCCCAUGGAAAAACAAAUACUGUCAACUGAAAGGAUGGAUGCGACAGAGCAGACUGACAGAAGGACAGCUGAGGAGAUCCGAUCAGAGGCGGAGUAUCAAAUGAAUGUAUGGAAAGGAUUCUUGAUCUGUAUUCCAUACUCAUCCAGUAUCGGAGGAACUGCUACGCUCACCGGCACGGCGCCCAACCUCAUCUUUAUUGGACAGCUGAAAAGCUACUUCCCAGACUGUGACGUGAUCAACUUUGGCUCUUGGUUUGCAUUUGCUUUCCCACUCAUGGUCGUCUUCCUGUUUUUGGGAUGGUUAUGGAUUUCAUAUCUCUAUGGAGGAUUGAAUACACGAUUGUGCUUCAAGAGAUAUGACCAGAGAGCCCAGGCAGAGGCCAGAGCCAGGGCUCUCAUAGAGGAAGAUUACCGGAAACUAGGGCCCAUAAAUUUUGCAGAGGGAGCCAUCUCUUUCUUUUUUGUGUUGUUUGCUGUUAUGCUGUUCACACGAGAUCCUAAAUUUGUCACCGGCUGGUCUGUGUUUUUCAAAAAGGGGUACGUCUCGGAUGCGGUCACUGGUGUGGUCAUUGUGUCCAUAUUGUUCUUCUUUCCCUCACAGAAACCCUCUCUGAGAUGGUGGUUUGACCCUCAAGCUUCAAACACUCCAUAUGUUCCUCUCUUAUCAUGGAAGAAAGCCCAGGACUCUAUUCCCUGGAAUAUCAUUCUUUUACUCGGAGGUGGCUUUGCUAUGGCCAAAGCUUGUGAGGAGUCCGGCCUCGCCGCCUGGAUCGGGGGCCACCUCCAACCUUUAGCCGAGGUCCCUCCUGCUGCAGCUGUGAUGCUCAUCACUGCUUUCCUGGCCACGUUCACUGAGUUUGCCAGCAACACAGCCACGAUUAUCAUAUUUUUACCCGUCAUUGCUGAACUGGCUAACCGCGUGUCAGUGAACCCUCUGUACUUCAUGAUACCUGCCACAGUUGGAUGUUCGUACGCCUUCAUGCUGCCAGUGUCUACGCCACCCAACUCCAUCGCUUUUGCAUCGGGACACCUCAUGGUCAAAGACAUGGUGAAGACUGGCUUUGUCAUGAACAUCCUGGGCAUUCUCUCAGUGGCUCUGGCCAUGAACACGUGGGGCGUCGCUAUGUUUAACUUGAACACGUAUCCGGAGUGGGCUCACGGCGGCAACAACACAGAUGUGCAUCUCUCGUCUGUCGCUUCGCUCAAUGGUACUCUCUGACCACUCACCCGAUCACAGCGUGAGCAUAAAUGGAGUAUCCCAAGGACUGUGUACAGAUUUAACACUAAACAGGGACAAGAGUCUGUCUGUAGAUGUCUGCACGGACACAAAAAUGAAAAAUACAAUGGCUUUUUAAUGAGUUUUUUUUAAUGAGGUUUUAUAUUCAAGCAUGGAGGACCAAACCUGCCGUAAUUAGAAAUUCCCCCAAAAUAAAUGCAAUAAUAAAGAAAGUAAUAAUAAAGAAAAUUAGACUUAAAACUUAGCAAUUUAUGAGUAGAUAUACAAGUUAAUUUAAAGUGUGACUAAAUAUGCCCAGAAAAUGAAUUGAAUACAAUUAAUUAACGUAUUAUUCCUUUUUCUGGAGAAGUUGUUUUUUCCCACGGAAUUGGUCUACUGUCGGAGUUUUUGCAGCAGAUUGAAUAUUUUGUUCUCUAGUUGAGUCGCAAGUAGACGUAGGACAAAUUCCCAAAAUUAUAGACUGGCGGCAAAUAAUAUGUGCGGGAAGUAUCACCGCGCACAGAACACACCAGCAGUGGAAACGUGAAUACUGUAGCUUUUCAGCCACAAUGGGGACAUGAGCUGCAUCGUCCUGCCAUGAUAGUUAUUUGUUAUGAAUCUACCUGCAGCCUCAGAUGGGAUGUGCAUUAAUCAAAUGCACAUCCUAUCAUAAACACCUGAGCUGAUCAGAGCCUCUACCUCUUCCCCCUCUCUCCACAGACCAUGUCUGUGUGUAUCUGUCACAUCUUUAUUACUGCUGUGGCUCUUUCUUUUUUGUUGUUGUAGUAGUUAAUAAUAAUGUAUAUUGUGUGUUUACACAUAACUUAUACGUGUGUGAGAUCAGUUUCCAGACUGUAUAAAUCUGUCACUGGCACAUGUCAUGAUCUAUUACACACUUAUUGCACACAGAAUAAGCAGAAAGAGCUCAAUGAGUUACUCGGUGGUAUCAUCUUUUCACUGUCACUGAUUAUGUUGUGGAAAAUGUGGAGAGCAAGGGCUGUGAUGGUGAUGCCACAGAAUUCCACUGCAGCCUAAGCCUUUAUCGGCUCUAAUUAGAAUAAUUCUUUUUAACUCUUUAACACCUAAGCCUCAAAAUGGCCAUCUGGACUUUUUUGUGCUUAUUUUAUCCAUAAAAGGGGACAGAAAAUGUCCUGUGAGUAAGUGCUUUUGCCCAUUUUCUUACAGAAUAACUUUCAAUAUCUGGGGAUUAUUUACAAUUUACUGCAUGUUAAAAUAGUGUUUUAACAAUUUAUUUUAAAGUAGUUGUACAUGAAUACCAGAUUUUGCGCGUUAUACUUGAACAGUAUAACACAUAUUUAAAACAUUUGUUUGAGUCUUUGUCUCAAUGUCCAGAAGAAGUCCAGAAAAGGAAACUAUGUACAGGUGUUUUUCCAACUCUCUCCUCUGGCACUUCCAGCAAUGGCGCGACAUCCGAUAGCACAAACCGUCACAUAAUUACAGUAAUGCAGAGUGCGCUUGCACAAAUGUGUCGUCUUCGAUAUGUUCGGUGUUAAAGGGUAAUGUUUUAUAAACAAACAAAAACAAGAAACAAUACUUUUUUCUUUUCUUUUUUUUUUUAAAUAUCUGUGACUGCGCAGAGAGCUGUUUAUACGAAAGGUACGACUAGACUGACCUCUACUGAAAGAAUGAGAGUGGUAUCUGUGAUAUUUGUUAUUUUAAUGAGCAAAAAUGAUUGUCUUCUCUGUAUAGUAUUAAAGCCAUCGAAUGAGUAUGUAAUUGUUUUCACAAAGUGAUUCACGUUCGUACAGUUCAGCUACUAUUUUAAAUUCUUUGUUGUGGUAAUUUAGUCAAAUGUGGUUUGUGUAUUUGCUGCUAAUACCUACUUCUAACAGGAAAACAACUUGUGGUCAGAUUGCAAGUUAACUGAUGUCUUUUGAGAGAAACCUAAAUAAAACACACAAUAAAUCACUCCAGGUUUAACAUAUUUGACAUAUUGUGGCCUCUGAAAGAGAGCCAGCGAGAGCACAGCGUUGUAAAUUCCUUACAAUAUUCAUUUGGUGUUGUUAACUGUCUGGGGGACUGAUUUUUACGAUCAACAAUGGCUAACUUGUGCGAGUUUGUGUGGUUAUUCAGUGUCGGCUGGGUCAGUGCGAUCGGUCCCAUGGUGUUACAAAAUAAACAUAGCUACAAAACUCUACAACCCUCCUACAACCUGGCAUUAAAAAUGUGUUUUCUGUCAUCAGAUACAACACUCGUGGGCCCAACCUGGCAACCAAGAUUUAUAGCUCUAAUAUCUAAAGCUACUGUAAGUUUGAAUCAUCACUUGUUAGUCUGUGUUGUCUGCAUUGAUCGUAACUGGAACUGUGAUUCUACACUGAAUCCUCUCUGUGUGUACUGUGUACUGCAUGUGUGCAGUUUGUGUCUGGUGAGACUUUAAUGUGGUUUUGCAGCAAAACUUGACACACUUUCAAUAAAGAUGAAAAAUAAUAUCUA